AUGAAUCGCCGAGCUUCAUACAAUCUAUCUUUUGAACAUGAUUGUGCUGCGGGUGAGCUCAAGGAAAGGAUUAUCAAACUGGAAGAUUCGUUUGAAAGAAUUCAGUCGCUUCUGAGUAGUUUGCAAGUGGAACGUUUGUUGCAGAACCUAACAGAUGUGGAGUCUACUAGACCGGGUAGUUGUGAAAAUGAGUCUCAAGGUAAUUCAAAUACUAGGCGUAGCUCUGCAUCAAAAGAUCACUUUCCGAAAUCCUACUUGACUGACAUCACGCAGUCUAUAAGUCUUCCCGGUUUUAAGUUUCUUGGAGAGAAAAAUCCACCGAGGCUCCAAACUAUUUUGUGGGUCGUUAUUCACCUCUGGGCUCUGACAGCCAGCUACUGUGUUAUCAAGAUAGAAUUUGACAGAUGGAAGAGUUCUCCGAUAGUGCGAACGCUAUCCAACAAUUUGACAUGGACUCGUGACAUUCCUUUCCCUGCUACAACUAUUUGCACACCUUGCUCUGUGGAUCGCGAAGACUACCUAAAAGCAUUACAGCGAUGCUUUUUGUGUAACUCUACUGAGAAAAGCUUUGAAUGUCAUUACAACAAAGAGUGUACGUUUAAAGAAAAGGCUUCUUUAGCUUUGGCCUCUCUCAGUUUUACGCACGCGAAUCUAUCGAUGACGCCAUGCAGGAUUUGCUUCAGUAUAAACGGGGUGAGACACAAGGACAUUUUUCGAGAGAGCACUGUAGUGACUUGGCCAGUACAAGAAGCAUUUGAAAGUAGGUUAGAUGAGGGAUACAUCGGAAACGAACUUAAUCUAGAUAAUAUGGUGUACAAAGGAAAUAUUUCAACAGUGCCGAUCUACAUCCCUGAAGAAGGGUAUACUCGAACACAUGUCAACACUGUGGACGAAAAUACUUCCACAGAAGUGAAAAGUUUCAAAAACCGAAACUUAUUGUUCCGAAUAACGAUUCACAAUCCAUUUGACAUCCUGUUUGUGCGUAAGCACAAAAUAUUUAUGGACAAAGGUUUUCCGAAGAGGAUAAAAGUCAUUCCGAAACUCGUCACCAACGAGAAAGGUCUGGAAGAAUACAAGCCUGGCGAGAGAGGGUGUUUUUACUUUCAUGAGAGGGAGUUGGCAAUGUUCAAGCUGUACAGCGAGACCAACUGUGAGACCGAAUGUACUGCUAAUUGUUCCCUCCUAAACUGUGGAUGUAUCCCGUACUACCUUCCUCGACACAACUCUUCCGUGGAUGUUUGUCUGACGAAAUGUAAGUUUGAGAACUGUGACUGUGGUUGCUUGCCAGAUUGUAACUCUUUGUCGUAUGACUAUGAAGAAUUCCCUCUCAAGGACGCCAUUGGUACAAACACAGAAUAUAUGUGGUUCAUGGAGUUUAAAGAAACACAUUUCUACUCGACUGUUAGAGUGAGUGUCAACAGCUUUGCCCAGUUUGUCGCGUACAGUCUUGGAGUUGUUGGAGUGUUCAACGGCUUCAGUGUCAUGGUUGUAUUUGAGAUAAGUUACUUUUUGACGUUUAGGUUGUGGCAUUCAGUGAAAGCCUAUUUACACGGAAUUGAUUAG